CCAGGCACUGGAUGACCACAACUGAGCAAUGUCUGUCCCACGUGGAGCUGUCCACGCGAAGUGGAUAGUAGGGGAAGUAAUCGGAACCAAAAUGCAGAAAACUGCCAAAGUGCGAGUGACAAGACUUGUGCUAGAUCCUUACUUACUAAAGUUCUUUAACAAACGAAAAACCUAUUUUGCCCAUGACCCAUUGCAGCAGUGUGUGGUUGGAGACAUCGUCCUUCUGAAAGCCUUGCCUGAGCGAAGGAGCAAACACGUGAAACACGAACUGGCUGAAAUUGUUUUCAAGGUUGGAAAGGUCAUAGAUCCAAUCACAGGAAAGCCCUGUGCGGGAACCAGAUUCCUUGAAAAUCUGUCAGAGUCAGAGAAUCUGACAGAGGCGGAUACGACCUACCUAAGUGAAAAACUUCAGGAGCUUAAAGUUUGUUCCACAGACAAGUAGG